CUCCCGUAUUGCCACUUCCGGCAGAGCCACUGGGGAAGUCGGCAGCUGCUCCGGCUCUUCGUGGAGCGCGCGGUGAGUUAAGGUUUGCGCGCCUCGUCGGGUCAAGACGCUGGUCGCUAGAUUUCUGCCUUUGUCUCCUCUUAUUUCCCAUCUGGCGAUGGCGACGUACACCUGCAUCACCUGCCGGGUGGCGUUCGACGACGCGGAGAUGCAGCGGGCCCACUACAAGACAGAUUGGCACCGCUACAACCUGAAGCGGAAAGUGGCGGACAUGGCCCCGGUCACCGCCGAGGGCUUCCAGGAGCGCGUGCGGGCGCAGCGGGCCGUGGCGGAGCAGGAGAGCAAGGGCACGGCCACCUACUGCACCGUCUGCAGUAAGAAGUUUGCCUGCUUCAACGCCUACGAAAACCACCUCAAGUCCCGGCGGCAUGUGGAGCUGGAGAAGAAGGCGGUGAGUCGGAGGGUGGAGAUGAUGAACGAGAAGAACUUGGAGAAAGGGCUGGGCGUGGACAGCGUGGACAAGGAUGCCAUGAACGCGGCCAUCCAGCAGGCCAUCAAGGCGCAGCCGUCUCCCAAGAAGGCCCCCCCAGCGCCUAAGACGGAGGCGGGGGGUCCCGUGGCGGCGGCCGAUGGAGGACGGGGGACUGACGACCGAGACGCGGCCGAGAAGCCUCCCCGGCUCCAGUGGUUUGAGCAGCAGGCCAAGAAGCUGGCGAAGCAGCAGGGCGAGGAGGAAGAGAGCGAGGAGGAGGGCCCGGAUGGCGACGAUUGGGAAGAUAUUGAUUCUGAUGAAGAGUUGGACUGUGAGGAUGCUGAAUCGAUGGACGAAUUGGAGCAGGAAGCAGAAGAGGAAGAGGCUGGGGGAAGUGCCCCCCUUGGUGCCAUCCCUAUAACGGACUGCUUAUUUUGUCCCCAUCAUUCAAGUUCUCUCAUGAAGAAUGUGGCUCAUAUGACUAAAAUCCACAGCUUCUUUAUUCCUGAUAUAGAAUAUCUUUCAGAUCUCAAGGGACUGAUUCGGUAUUUGGGCACUGACCCUGAACGCACUCCCCAGUAA